CAGCCGGCUCGUUUUGAAAAAGUCAUCUGAUUUGAGGCGGAGGGAAAGUUCAAAAACUUGUAGCGACGGCAACAGUAAAAACAUCACGGAGCAGCGAGCAACAAUGAUCCGACAAGCGAAGUGUAAAACGCCCCGCAAGCCUCCUCCGAAAAAGCCUUCCAGCAACCAGAAAGACCCGGUUGGGGUGUAUUGUCGUGUACGGCCCCUGGGUUUGGAGGAUGAGGAGUGCUGCAUCGAGGUUAUAAGCAGCUCCACCAUCCAGCUGCACGCCCCUGAAGGCUUCAAAACAAACCGCAAUGGAGAAUACAAAGAGACUCAGUAUUCCUUCAAAAAAGUAUUUGGAUUGUCAACAACUCAGAUAGAGCUGUUUGAGCAUGUGGCCAAACCUCUUGUUGAUGACCUCAUCCAUGGAAAAAAUGGUCUGCUCUUCACGUACGGGGUCACAGGAAGUGGGAAGACGUUCACUAUGACUGGCUCUCCGGGCCAGGGUGGUCUUCUCCCUCGCUCACUUGACAUGAUCUUCAACAGUAUAGGACCCUACCAGGCCAAAAGAUAUGUCUUCAAGACUGAUGAAAAAAAUGGCUUGGAGGUCCAGAAUGAAGUCGAUGCUUUGUUGGAGCGCCAGAGGCGGGAAAACAACAUGCCUGUUCCUAAAUCAUCUUCUUCCUCCUCCAGACAAAAAGAUCCUGAAAUUGCUGACAUGAUCACGUCAGCGGAGGCUUAUAAAACCGACGCUGUGGAUGAGGACAGCAGCUACACCGUGUUCGUCUCCUACAUAGAAAUCUACAACAACUACAUCUAUGACCUUCUGGAGGAAAAUCAGGAGGAUGCAAUCAAACCAAAGUGGAAUGGUGGAGGCACACCUGUGCGCCUGAACACUGAGUUCAUACCACCUCAGUCUAAAAUCCUCCGAGAGGAUCAGAAUCACAACAUGUACGUGGCUGGUUGCAUGGAGGUGGAAGUGAAGUCUGCUGAGGAGGCGUUUCAAGUAUUCUGGAGAGGUCAGAAGAAGAGGAAGGUGGCGAACACUCGUCUGAACAGAGAAUCCAGCCGCUCCCACAGCGUGCUCAUCGUUAAACUGGCUCAGGCUCCUCUCGAUGCAGACGGCGACAACAUUCUCCAGGAUAAAAACCAGGUGACUGUGAGCCAGCUGUGCCUGGUGGACCUGGCAGGAAGUGAGCGCACCGGCAGGACGGGGGCAGAAGGCACUCGUGUACGGGAAGCAGGUAACAUCAAUCAGUCUCUGCUGAAUCUGCGGAGCUGCAUGGAGGUCCUUCGAGAGAACCAGCUGUACGGCACAAACAGGAUGGUCCCCUACAGAGACUCUAAAGUAACCCAUCUGUUCAAGAACUACUUUGACGGAGAGGGCAAAGUCAGAAUGGUUGUCUGUGUCAACCCCAAAGCUGACGACUACGAGGAAACAUUGCUGGUGAUGCGCUUUGCAGAGAUGACCCAGGAGGUGGAGGUGGCUCGGCCAGUGGACCGACCCAUCUGUGGCUUCACCCCGGGGCGUCGCCAUAGAAACCAGGCCUUCAAGGAGGAACUGUCUCGCAAGCUGGACGAGCGUGGUGGUCCGCUAGGGGGAGACUUGACCUCUGUUAUAAACAACCUGGCACACAGCCUCCCCCCCCUCCCCUCCUGUGAGCUGACCGACCCCCACGAUGACAUCACGCUGCCCCGGCUGAUGGAAGCCCUGCAGAACAGACACAGGGUCAGGCAGAUGAUGAUUGACGAUUACAACGAAGCAGCCAACAGGAUGAAGUCAAUGCUUCAGGAUCUGGACAACAGCCAAAUAUCCAAAGACAAUUUCAUUCAUGAACAAAAUGGCAAACUGGUGGAGUUGGACAGAAUCCUCCAGAACAGCAGGGCAGAGAUCGAGCGCUUGGAGAAGAAAAACAAGAUGCAAGAACACAAGAUUGACAUCCUGCAGAAAACCACUAAAAUCUAUGAGGGUGACAAGCGUUCUCUGCAGACUGAGCUGGAAACCAGAGAGCAGCGGCUGCAGAGGGAGCAGUCGGAGAAGAAACGCAUGGAGCAGCGCCUCAACGGCGUUGUGACGGAUACCCAGUACAAGUGGGAGAAAGAAUGUGACCGACGUGUCAACGCGAUGCAGCUGGAGAUGCAGAACAAGCUCUGGGUGAAAGACGAGAAGCUGAAGCAGCUCAAAGCCAUCGUGACGGACAGCAAGACUUCAGGCCGUCCUGAUCCUCCUCCGCGCCAGACGCAGCCUCAGAGACCCUCCAGAGAGGAACUUCCUCAGAGACCCUCCAGAGAGGACCGCCUUCAGGUUCCCUCCAGAGAGGAACGUUUCCAGAGACCCUCCAGAGAGGAGCGCCUCCCCGCCAAGAGAUCCGCCUCGCCCUCACCUGUCCCUAGCCCUGUAGAGUCUCCCUAUGUCAGGACAGAUCCAGAGCCAGUCAGUGCCACUAGAGUUGAGGAAGUAAAGAUGAACCCCCGGCCCUCCUGCCCCGUCCCGAGCAGCAGCGACUCUCUGUCUGUGGCUAACGGCGUCUCUACAUGGGAGCAGCGGGCGGCCCAGGACAGCAGGCAGGGUUAUCAUUCUCCCAGCAGAGCCCCGUCCCCCGCCGGCCCCCCAGCCAGAAGAGCCCCGUCCCCUGCCUGCCCCCCAUCCAGCCGGGCCCGGAGGAGAGCUCUGUUCCUGCCUAAAGAAGAGGCAGAGGCCCACUCCCCUAAAGAUGAUGUAGACUAUAUUGAGAGAAGCUACAGGACGACCACCCCGGUGCGGGCGCUGCACCGCCGCUCCCGCUCAGCCGGCGGAGAGAAGUGGGUGGACCAUAAGCCCUCCUCCAGCGUCGACCUGGGGACAGUUCUGCAGCCCGUCAUCCCCAACGCCAUCCAGGUGUCCACCCCCAGUGAGAAGGCCCUGUCCAAGUGUGACCGAUACGUGUUGACGCACCAAGAGGUCGCUUCUGACGGAGAGAUACAGACCCAACUUAUUAAGGGGGAGGUUAUUAAGACCCGAGGAGGAGGACAGUCUGUCCAGUUCACGGACAUCGAGACGCUGAGACAGGAGCUCACCACCGUCCCCAGGCUCAAAAGAAAGUCUUCAGAGGGAGCACCUGCCAGCGGAGAGCGAACAGAUGGAUCGUGGACUGAUGUGGAGACGAGGUGUUCUGUGGCUAUGGAGAUGAGGGCUGGAUCCAACAUGGGACCCGGCUACACACAUCAGGGGAUCACCAAGCGCAGAAAACCCUAAAGCAGCUUCCUCCUGAGACCACUCCCCUCACCUGGCUGUUGUGCAAUAGUCUGAACUUUUUAUAUUUAGCUCUAGUGAUGAUAUUUAAACAUUUUCCAUGCUUUAUCUAUAUAUAUAUAUAUAUGGGUCACCAAAGUUGUUUUGUAUAAAUAAUUAUAUGCUGUGUUUUAACCCAUAGAAAAAAUGUUGUGAUUCAGUCGAGGUAGAUAUUAGUAACUGCUGCUGAAAAGAGUGUGUGCACAUUUGUGUGUCACGUGGUGUUACUCGGCACAGGAGGAGUCGUUGUGAAUCUGCCACAAUGAUGAUUUUACUACCUACUCUUUCUGUGGGGAAUUAUAGAGCUUAAAGUAGAGUUUGAUUUAUCCAAUUCUUUUUCAAUUUCUUUCUUUAUGAAACUGAUCUCCUGCUUUCACUGUAAACUUAGGAAUAAAAUUCCUUUGAAGCCGCA